AUAGCUCGUUACUUACUUUUUCGCUCACCAAUAAACAAGAGUACAUUACCGAGUCAUUUUGCGCUUCAUAGGGAUCGUGUAAUGUAAAUAACAAAAGAGAAAAGGUCAGUUCCAUUUCCAAUUUUUAAGUUUCAUCCAGAUGACAUUCCUGUUACUGUCAAUACGUAAAUGUUAACAUCAGAUCUAUGUCAAAACUUAAAAUAUUUAAAGUAGAAUUUAACGUUAAAUCACAAGGCUUUAACAGAAAUGUCAGGAAUACGGUAUGCAUGCAUUGCUCGAGGCUCUGUUAUCCUUGUUAGUCACCAGAAGGCUUCAGGGGACUUUGAGAAUGUGGCUCACGUCAUGUUGCCAAACAUUCCAAUAGCAAAGGAUACUAAAACAACUUAUACAUCAGAAAAUUACCUGUUUCAUGUCGUCGUUGAGAAUGGUCUCAUUUUUCUUUGCACUGCACCACCUGACUUUGGGAGGAGAUUGUGUUAUUCAUUUCUCAGUGAGGUGAAACGAAGAUUUAACACAAACAGCCUUAUGGCACGGGCUAAGUCAGCCAUAACUCACGAGUUGGGACGAGAUUUUGGACCCAUUUUAGCUGAAGAAAUGGAGCGAUACAGUCGGGGUGAGUCAGGGGACAAUAUUAGUCAACUCCAAUCACAGGUCGAGCAGGUUAAAGGAAUUAUGACACAAAAUAUUGAAAAAGUGUUAGAACGGGGUGAUCAGAUUGAUGUACUUCUGGAUAAAACAUCUGACCUUGAAGCAAGUAGUAGUCAUUUCAGAAGUUCAGCUCGUCGAGUUCGCCAGAAGAUGUUCUGUCAAAACGUCAAAAUGUGGUUAAUUCUGGGUUUUAUUGGAGUUGUUGUCAUCACAUUAAUUGUCCUUAUGGCCACUAAUGUUAUUCCUGUGAAAAAAAGUUAAAAUUUUGAACUCCAUAGGCUAAUCACUAAGUUUUAUAGUGUGAAAUUUAAAUUAAUUCGUAAGAAGUUAAUUAAUUUAAAAAACAAAUUAUUUCUUUUGUUUUCAAAGUUACUAAGAACCAAGUAAAACAUUUAUAAGGGAAACAUCUGUUUUAUGUAUAUAUACUGAUUUCAUGUUGUCUUUACUAAACUAGGUCUUCUAUAAGUUGAAAAAUAUUUGUACAAGAACAUGGUAUUAAGUACAACUUUAUAAAGUAAAGUGUUUUGUGUGUUUACUGACUUUAAGCUGAUGUUUUUCAAACAUAUUUUUAUAGGUAAAUAAGCUAUGACUACUUCUAUUUUCCAUAAAUAUAAGAAUAAGUAUAACAUUAUAAUGAAAAGGUUGUUUUAUAUAGAUACUGAUUUCAAAUUGUCUUUAUCAAAUAUGUUUUUUACAGAAGUAAGCUUUUAGUAUGUUUCUGUUUCACCAAAGAAUAGAGUGAAAAGGUGUAUCUUUCACGAAUUAAAGGAAACGCGUUUAUUAUUAAGCAUUUGUUUUUGUAUGAAAUAAUAAUAACAGUUAUAAGUACACCUAAUAUUUUAAUAAUUAAUGAAAAAAAUCAACCUAUUGGGAGUCAAAUUAUCAUGAAUUAAAAAAUAAAUCCUUACAAAUUUUAUAUUCCUAUUUUUCGACUUUCUAAAAUUCAAGAAGCCACGUAACUGUACAAUGUAAUUUAUUAAUUUUUUAACUCUAUUAUGUAUUUUGUCUGCAAGUUCCUUUAAUUUGGAAGAUUUACUUUGAUCCUUAUGAUAAAUAAAAAAAGGGAUAUUUAAGAUAAGGUUGACCAAACAGCUGAAAGAAGAAAGGAUACCACAUGCAUGCUAUUAACCAAUAGUAACUCAAAUCAACUAUGUGUGUUUUUGUAAAGACGAGUAUAUUGUUAUUUCUACAUAAUAAGGCUUGAUAAAACAUUUUAUAGAUCUUUUAUAGCUUAUUCAGCCAUAUGAUGCUCACAGUAGUUAACAAGGGACAGUGGUUUUGUAUGGUGGUUAGAAAAUCCUACCUUGUUACAACUAAGUAACUGGUUUCAUAUGCUUUAUAUUGCUGCAACGAAUUUAACUGAUUUUAUUGGGUUUUUUUACCUUAUAGCAUUGAAUGUAACCAGUUUCAUGGACCUCAUCUUGUUGCAUCAUAUGUAACUGAUUCCAUAAACUGUACUAGAAUAUUUAUUUAAACUCGACAGUUAUGACAGUGGACCAUAACUUACUUGCCAUAUCAUACUUAUUUCAUUUGUCUGGAAUUUUAUGUUGAAAAGCUGAAAACAUAUAAUAAAGAUUAAUAUUUAAGUU